UGGAGAGGGAAAUUGAGUAGCUUGGAACAAUCAAAUGGAUGCAAACCAACCAGAGAAAAUCUAUGUUGCUGUUGGCAAUGAUGCACAGGAUGGAUUUAUGACUUUGCAUUGGGCUCUCAAGAAAUGGAAUUCUCAUCCAAUUUCCAUUGUUAUUCUCCAUGUGACUUGCAAUGUUUCCGUGGAUUAUGUUUAUACACCAUUUGGGAAACUUCCAGCAAGAUCUGUGAAUGAUGAGAAACUAGAAGUUCUCAGGAAAGAUGAGCAAGAGAAAAUCAACAAGCUGCUUUCCAAGUUUGUUGCUUUGUGUGGCACGGUGCCAGCAGAAAUUCUUGAAGUUGGAAAGUUUGAUGAACCUAUGCAAAAGCGCAUGAUAGACUUAAUCCUUGGUCUAGGAAUAACCAAAUUGGUCAUGGGAUUUUCAUUCAUGAAGCCCUCCUUGAAAUCAAAAGGUGUCAUUAGCGGAUUGUUCUAUGUUCAUCAGCACAAGCCUGCCUCCUGUGAAUUGUUCAUAAUCUGUGGAGGGAAGCAAGUUUUUCUCAGGGGAAAAAAUGAUGAGAAAACCAUGGAGGACGAUCAUGGAAUGAUCGUUGCCAAAACAAGAGAUAAGAUAACUUUUAAAGAUUGGCUAGACAAAAUGUUCAAUGACAAAACCAAUGAUUCCUUAGAAGAUAGAAGUGCAUCAUCUUCCUCAACAAAUUUAGAGUCCUCUGUGACCCCAAACCAAUGGGAAUUUUAUCUCCAAGAAAUUGAGAAUUAUUAUCAAGAAUUGCUAUCUUUAAAUUUGGAAGAAGGAAGCAGCGGGCAAGAUAAUGAAGCCUUCCAGAUUAAUCCAAUUGAGCCAGAUUUCACUGAACGGAACAAUUCUAAUAUGAGUGAUGCAGAAAAAAUUGAGGACCUAAAAACUAGACUGAAUGAAGCCCACGAGACCAUCCAAUUGAAGAGGAAAGAAGCCAAGGAUAGCAUGGAGAGACAUACAAAAGCUGAAUGGGCAAUUUGUUUAUGCAACAGCCGGGUGGAAGAAUUAGAAAGUCGAAGAAAGGAAGAAGUGAGUGCAAGGGAAGAGCUAAAGAAGGAGUUGGAGGCGGAGAAAGAAGAGAUAGAGGAGAUGAGAGUGGAUGUUGAAGAGAGGAAGAGGAGGCUGAGUUCAUUAGGAGAGGUGCAGAGGGAGGUGUCGAACAGGUUUCAGAUAUCAACAGAGGCAAAGACAAGAGCGGAGAGGGAACUAGAGAAAGCGGUGGGUGAGAGGAGAGAGAUGGUGAGGGAGAUAGAAGAGUUAAGGAGGCAAAGGGAUGUGCUGAAUAGAAGGAUUGAGUUUUGCAAGCAGAAGGAUGCUAUUGGAAUGGCUGCAAGGCUGAAUGAGGAGGAGCCUAGCUGCAAUUUCAGGGAGUACACGGAGGAGGAGAUAAGGUUGGCCACCGACAACUUCUCACAACGGCUGAGGUUGAAGUCCGUUGGGGAUUGGACCAAUGUCUACAGAGGACGAUUCAAUCAUUCCACUGUUGCAAUCAAGAUGCUCCAUUCUUUGCCUUCCUUGUCCCACCAAGAUUUCAUAUCUAAGGUGAGGCUUCUUGGUGAUAUUAGGCAACCUCAUGUGGUAGCCAUGGUGGGCUUCUGCUCUGAGCCCAAAUGCAUAGUUUUGGAAUACAUGCGCAAUGGAAGCUUACGAGACAUGUUGUUUUCUAGGCGAAGAAACCGGGUCUUACGUUGGCAAGACCGAAUACGAAUAGCGACAGAAGUUUGCUCGGGCCUGGGCUUUCUUAAUGCAGCUAAGUCAAGGCCCGUUGUUCAUUGUCAUUUGUCCCCAUCCAACGUCCUCCUAGACCGCAAUCUGGUUGCAAAGAUAAAAUGUUUUGGGCUUCAAGAGUGCCAUGAUGAGGGAUGUAACGUAGAGUCUGAUUUGCGGGCUUUAGGGGUCUUGUUGCUGCAGCUUUUGAGUGGAAGAAAUUGGGCCGGGCUCGUUGAGGAGACCAUGACACUUGAUAUGGAUACAGAGGCUUUGGUUACCGUUCUUGAUGAGAUGGCUGGACACUGGCCGUUGGAUCUAGCGAAAGAACUUGCGGGCCUAGCUAUGAGGUGCUUGUCCAUGAAAAGCAAUCCCAACUCAGAAUUGAGCAUUGGAAGAGUAUUGGAGGAACUCAAUGAAAUGAGAAGAAAGGGUGAUGAAAUAAUUGCAAGGGAAGGACGAAAGGUAAUCGUUGGUGGAUGCAUAGAUAGAGAUGACUCCAACGAUGUGCCUAGUAUUUUCCUAUGCCCUAUACUUCAGGAGGUAAUGAAAAACCCACACGUGGCGGCAGAUGGAUUUUCUUAUGAGCUGGAAGCAAUGGAACAGUGGUUGCAAUCAGGGCGUGACACAUCACCCAUGACAAAUUUAAGGCUGAAUCACACAUUCCUUAUCCCUAAUCAAUCCCUUCGUUCCUUAAUUGAGGAUUGGCAGAACAACGGAUCAGCUAAAGUUGCAAAUUAGAACCAAAUUCUUUUUUGUUCAUCGGAUUAUGUACAGUUAAACUGAAGGUUGUGACAUAGCUUCCAUCUCAUUACCAUAUUAAUGGACCAAUAAAAAAAAUGUACCAAUUGAGUUAGCAGGUCAUGGGUAGGUUCAACCUAAAACUUCUAAAAACUCUCAUCCUUUUUCCCCUUGUCAGUUAUUUACUACAACUCAUACAAGAAUGAAAUAUUAAUUGAUAUAAAAUUAUAUAUAAAAACACUAUUUUUUUUUUCCCC